AAGAAGAGCCAAUCAGAACAGGCGGUGUAUUCUGCGCUGCGGCUAGCCACGUGAUCUCACACGUACUGGAUCGGUCUAAAGCCUUCAGUUGACGCUCAUGUUACGCUGUUAGAUCAGCGAGCUACGUCAACGUCUAAGGAGGCGGAGAUAACGUUGUUGUCAUCGCCGAAGAUGAUUGAACGCCGAUGGCCACCGAUUUUCACGCCUGAAAAGAAGUGAUUUACGUAUCACAGACUGUACGCCGAUGCGAAGUUUAUCGGCAAAAAGAAAGAGGCAAGGAUCCGUAUGAAGGCGGAGGCGUCCAGAUUUUAAAGAUGUGUCCUGCUCAGACCCAGCUGUGCCUCGGCACCGAGUCUCUCCCCGGACCAACACAUCCGUGAGAGCCGCAGCUGAUCUAGAUGGAUGACCCCGACUGACCAGGACACUUGAGUUAUAGUUUCUCUGAGACAUAACUGUGAUCUUAGCAACAAUGUCUGUCUCCACGGUAUUGGCAAAGGCGCUGUUUGACAACACGGCCGAGAGCCCAGAGGAGCUGGCUUUCCGAAAGGGUGACAUCCUGAUGGUUCUUGAGCAGGAGCAGAAUGGGGGGCCCGGCUGGUGGCUCUGCUCCCUACACGGCAGACAGGGCAUUGCCCCCGCCAACCGACUUCGUCUCCUUCAGACUGCCCCACCCCCAGGCACAGACCCCAGUCGUGGGCCCAGUGAGGACUCUGUCUACCUGUCGCCAGGUUCCCCACUGGCCCGGACUGCUGUCAGCAGUAGUGCGGAGGACAUAGAUGGAGUGUAUCGUUCCCCACCAGGUGUCGGUGAGGGACGAGGAGUUGGAGCUGCCUCAAGGCCCGGGGAGCUCCGCAGAGUUGAGGGUGGGCGUCCACGCUCUCACUCCAGCUCUGGCACCCGGCCCAGACCUGAUUGGGAUAUUGGGGUUGUGGGGCGUCCACGCUCACCCUCUCUAAGAGGACGGGGCACAGAAAUGACAGGAACACUUUAUCAGACUCCAGUAAGUCCUGUACCUUCAGCAAUUCAGCAUGCCAGGCAGCCAGGAGCACUCAUGGCUUCAGAGUCUGUGUACCUCUCCCCCAGCGGAGUACCCAGGGCGGCUGAUGAGUCAGAGGAAAAUACAUAUCUUGUCCCUAGAGAAACACUCACAACAGGACCCUCAGACGACUGUUACUUGGUGCCAAAAGGUACACCACUUGCAGGUGACGAAGUUUACCAAACCCCAACAGGAGGAGUUGUGGCUGCUGCUGUCUGCUCUAACGGUCCCUCGGUAGUUGGUGGAACCCCCGGUGCCUCCCACCCCAAAGUGGGCCAAGACUCGCCUGGGAUGUAUCAAAUACCCACCCCUGUGGGGGCAAGCCUUCAAAGGACUUCAGCCACAGUUUUAGCCCAUCAGCAUCCAUCUCAAUUAUCCCCUGCCCAAGCAUCUCCCAGACCUCUGCUCAAAGGAGUGUCACCCAACCCUGCUGUUUCCAGAGGUAAACCCGGUCUAGCCUGUCACCGGGGGUCCCCUUUGCUGGUUAGAGCAGGGCAGGUCAGGGUUCCCGGAUCACCAAAUUUUGCCCGCAAACCUCCUCCACCAGCACCUCCAGUAAGGGGAGUCACAAGGAAAGAUGCACAACAAUCAGCACCCUCGUCAGCUGAUUCUAAUUCUGUCCCCAAAGCCACUGUUCAACCCACUUCUGCAAGCCUGAAGCAAGAGGAGGACAAACAGAGGGGACCUGCACAGAGCAAGGAGGAAAGGAUGAAUAAUGGCCUGGAGAAAAGCAACAAUAUGCAGAACAAGAAGGGAGAAAAUCAAGAUUACUCAGAUCCUGUGGAUGACCAGGUGUAUGAUACUCCUCCCAGUGGCAGGUGGCAACGUCCAGUACCAACUGCCCUUGGUGGUGAUGAUAGCAUCUAUGACACCCCACGAAGUGUCCCACCACAGGCUGACUCAGAGACAGAGGUCUAUGAUGUCCCUACCAUCGCUCUGAAUGUGUCCACAUCAGAUGUCCAGCACAGCGGCUUGGUGCCUGACGAAGUCGAUGACGAUGUCUACAGUGUCCCUACACUUCCAGGUGUGCCUCUGGGCCCGGGCGAGUCCACCACCAGCCUCUCCGGUGAAGACGCCUUUUGUGUCCCAGGUACCGAGAAACGGGUCAGCGGUGGAGAUCAUCAUCGGGACUCUUCUGAGACAGACUGCGGCAUAUAUGACAUGCCUGCUCUGACCGCCGAAGUCCUCCCUCACUCAUCCUCGUCCUCCUCCACCUCUACUCGCCGUCUCUCCAUUUCGAGUAACGGUUCUGGCGACGUGCAGUGGAGGGCCUCGCUCUCCAACCUUGUCCACGCAGUGUUGAGCACGGCCUCCUGCUCGGCGUCCACUCUGUCGUCACGGGACCUGGCCACCUCGCUGGCGGAAAUCCUGUCCACCUGGAAAGCCAGUCACUCUGGGGAUCCUCCACCGCCUCUUCAGCAGGCCUGGGCUCGCCUGUCAGACCUUCUACCGGCUUUAUCUGCUAUCGGCAAUGCUCCUCCAUCUGAAGGACUCUUAACACUGGUCCAGCGAUCCCUUGAGGAAAGUGCCCUCCUCUUGCAGGCUCAGGGUCGACCCCGUCUGCCUUCCCAAGAAUCCCUGUCCCGCCGGCCGUUGCCUGCGCUCCCUGACGGGAAGUCAUCUGGAGGUGGAAUGGGCUCCCGUAAAGGCAGCUGGAUCCAGGAGAGGCCCUUGCCCCCAACACCUCAGCCAGCCUUCCCCCUGCCUCCCACUCCAUCCACUGUGACCCUCACGGUGGGACCCAGUGAUGGAGAAGAAGACCCCAGCAAUGAGUACGCAGGGAUCGGCCUGACUCCCAUCCCAGCCCCAGUACCUACUGGAGACAGUGUUGGAUACGUCAAGCUGCAGGGGAAACCUGAGCCGCCUCCUGAUGCCCUGACUCAGAACGGACAAACACACACUAUCACUGCAGAGCCAAGGUUGACCCCAUCCCCUCCUCUGCCGGUGUCCCUCUCCCUGGAGGACUCGGAGCUGCUGUCCUUCUACUCCUCUCAGAGCCUCGCUCACCUCUCCUGCCUGGCAGACGCCAUCGACGUGCUCUUCAGCAGUGUGCAGGGGAACCAACCGCCACGUAUCUUCGUCGCCAGAGGAAAGAGUCUCAUCGUGACGGCCCACAAACUGGUGUUCAUCGGGGACACGCUCUCCCGCCUUCUCAGCUCUGCUGACCUCCGAGCCAAGAUCACAACCUCAGGGGGACGACUCUGCCAAGCCUUGAAAUCAGUUGUCGUGGCAACAAAGGGUGCUGCUCAAAACUACCCGUCAGUAUCUGCCACCCAGGAGAUGGUAGACCGCGUCGCUGAGCUCUCCCAGCAAGCAGCUGGUUUCUCCAGUCUGCUGCAGCGUCUGGCAGGAAUAUCUUCAUGAUAUUUCAUAUCAUUUGCGUAAAAAAACCUUGUUGACACUACAUAUUUUCUCUCUUUGAAAUGCCUUAUUUGUUGUUACACUCUUUCAUUACCUUUUCCUUUGUAUGGGAUUGAAGCAAGCGAAGGUGAAUCCUGGAACAAGUGUUUUAGCCUCGCUGCAGCUGUGACAAAGCUGGGUUUUGACUGUGUCGGUUCUGUCCUUCAAGUGUGUGUUGGUUUGCCUUUUUGUUUAUAUACUGACCUCUGUGCUUUGAUGCCAGGCACACUUACCUUUUUUUGAGUGUUAACUUAUUGAAUAUUUGGAGCCUCUUUGUGGCUUUGAUUGUCCGUGCGGACUGCUUAUCUUGGGAGCUUUGCUUUAUUGUGUUUGCCAUAUUUUCUUUUCCCUCACAUGAUAGCCAUUUUUCCUUCCCUGCUCUAUUUAUUUAGCCAUCCCCCCUAUUCCAAAAAUAGCACAGAAGGAAGCCUUACAUCCUGGUUCUGGCCUACUUUUUACUGUGAUACCUGAAAGGCCUUUUGUGAUUUUCAUUCUGAGGCUGUUGAAGCAGCUGCUUGAGUGUUUUUGGGCUUAAUAUGGGAGAAAUGGAAUAGGGAGUGGAGUAGGAAGUUUGCCCAACUUCCAUCCUUAAUCUGUGCAAGUAUGUGUUGUGUUUGUGUAGUACACAUUUCUGCUAGAGAGUAAAGAUUACCUGCAGUACAGUUUUGAAUCCACUCAAUGAGGAUUACAGGAAACAUCUCCAGUACAUUCUUCAGUUUACAGAGUCUUAAACUUUUCAUGAAGAAAAAAAAGCUUUGUCCGGUGUGACAGGCAGAGAUAAUAUCUGAGGAUAAAUGCAGGGACAGACGGUGAAUAACGAUAGUUGCCUAAUCCUAUUCUUUCCCACAGUCGCACGUUAGCCCGGCUAAGGAUAAGAAACCUGUCGACCAAGUUCACCUGUCUCCACAUGUUAUGUUGUGAUCUGCAUGCUCACGCUUCUUUGACUAUAUUUGCUUUUCAUGUUCAUUUCCCAUAAGUUGCGCAUCCCUGUCGACAGCAGUUACUCACAUCUGGUUUGACAGUUUCAAAGCUGCGAGGUGGGCUGGUAGAAACUAAGGCUGGGUGUUAAAUAUGUAAGACGGUAUUAUUGAUACGGGCCUUCAGUGGAGUUGGCUCAUGGUGGCGUGAUCAUGAUGUCAUUGUUUAUUCAAUUUUGUCAACUGAAAAUAUAAUUACAAGAAAACAAAUAGUUAUUGAAAUGUUUGUUUUACACGUUUGAAGAUGAUUUUUUGUCCUGUGUGAAACAUAGUUCACUGUCCUCAACAUCAAUUUGGUUAUUUUACAUGAUUUGCAUACAUUUGCCUUAUCAAGUUAUAUACUGAUAUUGAUCUUAACCAUAUCACCCAGCCUUAGUGUAAACUGGAAUGAAGCACAGCUCACCUUUUUUGAAGAAAAUCUAGCAUUUUAAGUGCAACAGAACACUACAACGUGGUACAACAUGCUACAACAUGUCAUGUCAUGCUUCAUUUCGGGCUAACAUAUGUUGGCAUAUUUCUGUUUGCAGCUGUGAAGUGAAACGACAUGUCUUUUUUUUUUUUGUUUUGUUUUAUCUAACACCUGUUUUCCAUCUCAAACCGUUAUAUUUAUAUCUGCCUACUGUCAUUUUGGAGAUGAAAUAUGUUAUUCUUUGCUAAAACACAGUGGAAACCUGCUCAGCGUGAAUCUUGAGAGGAACGUAUAGUACACUAAAAACAUGCUGUUUUUUUUACAUUUUACACUACAAAUCUAGUGGUGCUUGACAAAGUUGGAUACUGAUAUUUUUGUUAGAAUCUAUCUUCUGUGUCAUCAAUCAUAUUACUUAAACUAAUACUCAACUUUUAUCAAUUUUUUUAAAGAUGCAAAUCAGUAUCAUCUGGGUAUAGCAUAAUCAUUUUCACAUUUUUUAAAUCAUGCUUUGAGGAAUACCUCCCUGCUGUCCCAUUUUCUCUGCUGCAGUGUCACCUUGUGGGGGUUUGAAGUAUUAAUGAAUACACGCCUGCCGAAACAGGCUCUAUAUUGUUGUACAUGUGAAGAGACACGAUCGCAAAUAACCUUUAGCUAUAUAUUUAUUAUUGUCAAUAUUUUUUAAUGUUUUCUCUGCUUUCCAGUUUUCAUAGCUUUAAUUUGCUUAAAUGUUACAUAAACACAUCCUUCACCGGGGGAGAUUUUUACUAGGUGAUUUAUAAGGAACAAAAAUGUGUUUGUUUGUUUUUUUUGGGAAGAAAUGUAUUAAGUUACAGGUUAUAUAUAUAUGGCUGUGUUUUAUUUUGUACUACAGUUUUCUACACUAUGAACUCAUUUGAGUCAGUUAUCCAUAUUUGCUGGGAAGUGAAUCUUUUUGACUUUUCUCCUACAGACCUACAUCUCUCUCUUUACUUUUAAACACUACAUUUGAUGUCUGUCUUGUAUUCCUGUUGAGAAUGCACAAAUACAUCUUUUACAAUUA